AUGUCCGCCGUCGCACAACGCAUAUCCCGACCCGCGCGUCGCCUCUGCACACGCCUGCCUCCAUCCUCCUCCCGCACAUUCACCAGCGCCGCGCCCACCCUCCUCGCCACAGCGACCUCCCCAUCCUCCUCCUCCUCCUCCUCCAGCACCAGCAAGCCUCGCAAGCCGCUCACCCCCGAGCAGCGCGCCUUCCUCUCCUCCGCUCUCCGCGUCAACCAGGCCGGCGAACUCGCCGCCGUCCUCAUCUACUCCGCCCAAACCCCGCCCCUCGUGCGCGCCCACCCGCACCUCCGCCCGCUCAUGCAACACAUGCACGACCAAGAAGCCGGCCACCUCGCCACCUUCGAGUCCCUCCUCGCCCGGCACCGCGUGCGCCCGACCGCGCUGUACCCGCUGUGGUCCGCGCUCGCCUCGGGCUUGGGGUGGACCACGGCGGUGCUGGGCCGGGAGGCGGCGAUGGCGUGCACGGAGGCGGUGGAGACGGAGAUUGGCGGGCACUACAACGAGCAGAUCCGGACGCUGCUGGAGAUGGUGGCCGGCUGGGAGGCCGAGGGGUGCGAGGUCGGCCCGGAGUUCAAGGAGCUGAUUGGGACGCUGCGCAGGAUCAGGGAUGAGGAGCUGGAGCAUUUGGAUCAUGCGGUCGAGCACGACGCGAAGAAGGCGGAUCCGCACUGGCUGCUCACCGGCGUCAUCCGCGCGGGCUGUCGCGGUGCCAUCUGGGUCAGCGAGAGAGUUUGA